AUGGGCGGCAAUACCAACAACAACAACAACCGUCGACCAUCGCGCGGGUUUCCCGUAGAUAAUCGUCCAAUCGAUACCCUCGAGAUCGUGUACUCAGGAUGGAUUCUCAAAAAGAAACGAAAGAAAAUGCAAGGUUAUGCCAAACGCUUUCUCGUUCUUACCUCGGACGGUAUCCUGACCUAUUCCAUCUCUCCUGAAAAGCCGACCAGGGAUGCGAUCGAAAUCCCCCAUGCUUCUGUUACUUCUUCCAUGAGGCACGGUACUAUUCAUGUCGAUUCCGGGUCCAGCGUGUUUCAUCUUAAAGCGCUCUCUCCGCAAGACUUUGAAUUGUGGAGGACCCAUCUGAGGAGUUUUAUCCCCGAGAGACCAGCUGGGAGCUUGAAGAGGCUGUAUGUGAGCAAUGGAACCGAGCUCCAGCCUGUCGAUCUAAGCCAGGUGUUUACGCAUUUAGAUCAGACUGCGGCGCUGGUUAAGGAUCUCGAAUCGCGCAGCGGAGGAUUGAAAGGAAAAGUGGGAGCGGGGGGAAAGAGUGCAACGGAUGCGAUUAUGGGUGCAUUCGGUGCCAAGUCCUCCUCCUCUUCUGACGAGCAAGUGGCUGCGUUCCAUCUCACCGCCGAGAACCUCGUAGCUGAAUUCGAACAACUCAAAGCAGCCAUCGAGGCAAAGAUCCCUAGGGUGGAUGAAAAUGCAGGUACUAUGCGAAGUAUGUCCACUCUCACCGGCGCCGAUGGGGGUGCGGCGGGUAGGGGGAGAAGCAGUAGAAUGAGCAUCAGUUCGCUAGCUACAACCGGAACGGACUCGGCUAUUUUCUACGAUGCUGAUGCUGGAGGAGAAGAGUUUUUGAUGGAUGAUGAGCAUCAGACGGAGGAAGGUAAUACUAGUAGGCCGGAAAGCAUUGAUGCCGAGGGAACCGACUCGGAAGCGGAAGAAUCGAACCAAGACACAGACGAGACUAGGACUCUUUCCGAAGAUAGCCGUUCCAAGACUUGCACCGGCGGUGGGGGUGGGGGUAAGGUUGUGCAGUACCGAAAGAAACUGCCGGCUAAGGUGUCAGGCGAUGAAGUAUCGCUGUUCAGCAUGCUUAAAAAGAACGUUGGCAAGGAUCUUUCCACCAUUUCCUUCCCCGUUUCUUUCAACUGUCCACUCUCGCUACUCCAAGCUGCAGCAGAGGAGUACGAAUAUGCAGCUGACCUGCUCGAACGUGCUGGCAAGUCUCAAGAUUGGGUGGAUCGAAUCUGCUUAGUCUCUGCAUUCGCCAUCUCCGGAUACGCCUCCACCAAACUGCGCGCGAGUCGAAAACCCUUCAACCCCUUGCUCGGAGAAACAUUCGAGUGCGUACGACAAGAUAAACAAUGGCGAUUCCUAGCGGAGAAAGUGGUUCACCAGCCGCCCAUAGUCGCAUUCUAUGCAGAAGGCAAAGGGUGGAAAGCACAAGGUUGGAGUGCAGUCAAGAAUAAGUUUUGGGGUAAGAGUUUGGAGUUGAUCCCCGAAGGUUCUAUCAGGCUUGAAUUCGGAGAUGGCGAUGUGUUCUCCAUUCAAAAACCCUCUUCUUUCAUGCGGAACUUGCUUGCGGGGAACAAGUAUCUAGAACAUGUUGGGGAAUUGGUUGUGACGAAUGAAAGUACGGGCCAGAGAGCCGUACUGGAAUUCAAAGAAGGAACAAUGUGGGGCGGAUCUUCAUCCCGCAAUGUCGUAGAAGGGAAAAUAUACGAUGCGAACGAUAGCACCGUUACCACAAUGAAAGGUAAAUGGUCGGACAGCAUUUCUCGACAAAAGGACAAAGAAAACUACCAACUGCUGUGGGAGGCCAACGAAAUGCCUCCGUAUGCAGAAGAGUAUUAUGGGUUCACGUACUUUGCUAUGUCUCUCAACGAGCUCAGCGAGGACUGCAAAGAUGUGCUCCCCCCGACAGAUUCAAGGCUUAGACCCGAUCAGCGAGCGUUUGAGGAGGGACAAGUGGAUAAAGCAGAAGAGUUGAAGCAUAAGUUAGAGGAAGCUCAGAGAGCAAGGAGAAAGAAAUUGCAGGGCGAAUACGUGCCAAAGUGGUUCCAUAAACAAGAUGGCGACGGACCAGGGUGGGUUUAUGGUGGCGCUGAUGGUGUUGACUACUUUAAACUCAGGAAGAAGGUGGCCGAGAGUGGGGAUAAGGGCGCUUGGGACGAGGUUAAGGUUCCGAACGUCUUCGAGGUAUAA